AUGGCACCAUUGACAAAGGCUGAUCGAUUAGGUCGGGCCACCACUUUGGAUAUACCACAUUACGACGACGAUGCGUCGUCUACUCACUCAACUACGCCACUACAAAACGGAGAGCAAGAUAAAUACAAGAGCACGCAACAGAAUGACUAUCCUCCAUCGUAUAAUCAUCACGAUUCAAUAGAACUACAACUGACUUCAUCUUUACAAUCCGCAUCAGGUAAUCAUAAGAAGCCACCUACGCAGAUACCAACUCAUCAAUCAUUACAACAUAGACUAACAGGGAGAUUAUCAAUAAAUGCCACUCGCAGUCAUUUUGAUUCCCCAAUUUCACCAAACGACUUGGUUGGUUUGCACGAUCCCAAGUCUUUAAAGCAUUUGUACGAUUUAGGUGGGUUUGAUCGAUUAUGCACUCUUUUGAAAACAUCGCCCAAGGGUCUUGAUGAACACAAUGAAGCAGACUUGGAUGCACGUCGUCACGAUUUCGGCAUAAAUAAGCUACCACAAAGAACUUCAAAGAGCUUUAUACAGCUUUGUUGGGAGGCAAUGAAGGAUAAAGUAUUGAUUAUUUUAUCAAUAGCAGCAGUUGUAUCGUUAGCCUUGGGGUUGUAUGAAACUUUUGGCAGUGGGCCACAAUACGAUGACGAAGGCAAACCUUUACCCAAGGUAGACUGGGUUGAAGGUGUGGCUAUCUUGGUGGCUAUAGCUAUCGUUGUUUUAGUCGGGGCUGGUAAUGACUAUCAAAAAGAACGGCAAUUUGCUCGUUUAAAUGCUAAAAAGGAAGAUCGUGAGUUAGUUGUUGUACGAAAUGGCGAAAAGAAAUUGGUUUCCAUAUAUGACUUGUUAGUUGGUGAUGUUAUCAACUUACAGACUGGUGACGUCGUCCCUGCUGAUUCAAUCUUGUUCCAAGGUGAAGUCGAAUGUGAUGAAAGUGCAUUAACUGGUGAAUCGGCCACGAUAAAGAAGGCGCCAGUUGAAGAAGCAAUGGAAAUUUAUGAACUGCAUCUACCAACUGAAGAAGAUAUUGGAAGUCAAAGUAUAAAAUUCCGCGAUCCCUAUUUAAUAUCAGGUGCCAAAGUCUUGUCCGGAUUGGGUAAUGCUAUAGUUACUGCUGUAGGGCCCAACUCGGUUCAUGGAAGAACAAUGGCCAGUUUACAGCAUCAGCCUGAAUCAACACCCAUGCAAGAAAGAUUGGAUAAUUUAGCCGAAGGUAUUUCCAAAUAUGGGUUUUUGGCAGCAAUAGUCUUGUUUAUUGUGUUGCUUAUCAGAUUUGGAGUAGAUUUAGCACCAGGUGGAACAUUCAAUCACUUGAGCCCAACGGAUAAGGGAAGGAAAUUUAUUGAUAUUGUUAUUACCGCAGUCACCAUUGUUGUUGUUGCCAUUCCUGAAGGUUUGCCCCUUGCUGUUACUUUAGCGUUGGCAUUUGCCACUACGAGAAUGGCCCAGAAUGGUAAUUUAGUGAGAGUCUUGAAAAGUUGUGAAACAAUGGGUAGUGCUACUGCCAUCUGCUCUGAUAAGACGGGUACUUUAACUGAAAAUAAAAUGAGAGUCGUGCGAGGCUUUUUCGGAUUGAAACAAGAUGGCCAAGUUUUGGAAUUCGACAAUGCAGCCGACAAUACGUACGAACCUACAUCUGCUGAAGCUGGAGAAGAUAUCACUCCUGAAUCAAGGGUAUUUCUUGCUACGAAUAUCACCCUUAACUCCACUGCAUUUGAAAACAGUGAAUACGAUGAAGAUGUGGUUAAUGCUGCUAGGCAUAAGCCUAAACACAAGAGUUUCUGGCAACGUAUCUUUUCCAAGAAACAGCUGGCAACGCAAGAACUGCAAGAAAUCCUUGCUGCCGAACCCUUUUUAGGAAACAAGACCGAAUCAGCUUUGUUAAUCUUGGCCGACAAGACGUUUAAUGUCUUCCAAGACAAGUCGUUGGAUGAUAUACGGAGUGCAGCCCAACCGGAAGUGGUUCAAAUUAUUCCAUUUGAAAGUUCAAGAAAAUGGUCUGGUGUUGUAAUGAAGAUUGAAAACGGGUUCCGUGUUUAUAUCAAGGGAGCCGCCGAAAUUGUGUUCAAAAAUUGUGGAUUUGAGGUGAAUACCGAUGGCGAUUUGAUUAAAUUGGAUAGAACUAAACGUGAUGAUGUUUUGACCAAGAUUGAUGAGUAUGCUAAUGAUGCAUUGCGUGCUAUUGCCUUGGGACAUCGUGAUUUUGUUGGUAUUACUUCGUGGCCGCCUUCAGAUAUGGCUAGUGCCAGUAGUCCACACGAAGUAGACCCCAGUGCAUUGAUCAAUGUCAGUGCUAGUGCUAGUGAAAUCAACAAACAGUUUGUUCUUGAUGCAUUGGUUGGUAUUCAAGAUCCAUUGAAACCAGGCGUUGGCAAAGCCGUGUUGCAAUGUAAACAUGCGGGGGUAACCGUUCGUAUGGUUACUGGAGAUAAUUUAAAUACGGCAAAAGCCAUCUCCAAAGAAUGCCAUAUAUUGACCCCGGAUGAUUUAGACAAUGAGUAUGCAUUUAUGGAGGGACCUAAAUUUAGGAAAUUAUCACCAUCAGAACGGAGGAAGAUUGUACCCCAAUUGCGAGUCUUGGCAAGAUCAUCACCCGAAGACAAGCGUAUUCUUGUUGAUACGUUGCGUAAAAGUGGUGAAGUUGUUGCUGUUACUGGAGAUGGUACUAAUGAUGCGCCAGCAUUGAAAUUAGCUGAUGUAGGGUUUUCCAUGGGUAUUGCUGGUACCGAAGUUGCUCGUGAAGCUUCUGACAUUAUUUUGAUGACGGAUGAUUUUACCGAUAUUGUGCAAGCGAUCAAGUGGGGUCGAACCGUGGCCACAUCGAUCAAGAAGUUUAUUCAGUUUCAAUUAACGGUGAAUAUAACUGCUUGUGUCUUGACUUUUGUUUCGGCAGUUGCAUCAAGUGAAAAUAAGUCGGUCUUGACGGCAGUACAAUUAUUGUGGGUUAAUUUAAUCAUGGACACUUUGGCCGCAUUGGCUUUAGCUACUGACAAACCCGACGACUCCUUUUUAAAUCGUCGCCCAGCAGGAAGACAUGCGCCAUUAAUUUCGACGUCGAUGUGGAAAAUGAUUUUAGGCCAAUCGAUUACUCAAUUGGUUAUCACUUUUAUUUUGCAUUUUGCCGGCAAGCAAUUGUUUUACCCGGGCCAUUCGCAUAUUUCAAACCAUCAACAAAAGCAAUUGGAUGCUAUGACUUUUAAUACGUUUGUUUGGCUACAAUUUUGGAAAUUGAUUGUGACGCGUAAAUUGGACGAAGCUGAUGAGAUUACUAAUGUUCGUGGCCGUAUCUCGAUGGAGAAUUUGAAUUUUUUCCAGCACUUGUUCCGUAAUUGGUAUUUUGUCGGCAUUGCUUUGAUCAUUGGUGGGUUCCAGGUCUUGAUUAUGUUUGUUGGUGGUGCAGCUUUCAGUAUCGCUGGACAGACGCCGGGGAUGUGGGCUACGGCCAUCUUGUGUGGGUUCAUCAGUAUACCGGUGGGAAUUGUCAUUCGUAUUGUGCCUAAUGUCUGGGUUGAACGUGUGUUUCCUACGAGGGCGUUCAACAUGCUUAUUUACUAUGUUGGAUUUGGAUGGGUCAAGAGAAAGAAGAAGAACAAGUACGGUGAUGAUGAAGACGAGGAGAGUGUAGGUGGUGGUGGCGCUAACGAUGCGAGAGGAGCAACCGGUGAUGGUAAUGUUUCCAAUGGACCAAAAGCUAAACCGGUCAAGUCUAGUGCGUCCUCGUCAACGUUGGCUAAACAUAGUGCUACGUCAAACAAACCCAAGUCAUAG